GCCCGCAGAGCGCAGUUGCCGCCAUCAUGAUGAACAGCGGAGGGAUCGGGGUGCCUCUCGGCUUCCCCUUGACUCCUACUUCGGUUAUCCAGGUCACUAAUUUAUCGUCAGCGGUCACUAGCGAGCAGAUGCGGACGCUCUUCGGUUUCUUAGGCGACAUCGAGGAGUUGCGACUCUACCCUCCGGACAACGCACCGCUUGCAUUUUCCUCCAAAGUAUGUUAUAUUAAGUUUCGGGAAUCUUCGAGUGUUGGUGUGGCCCAGCAUCUAACAAACACGGUUUUUAUUGACAGAGCUCUGAUAGUUGUGCCCUGUGCAGAAGGUAAAAUUCCAGAUGAAGCCAAAGCCCUCUCUCUCUUGGCACCCGCCCCUACAAUGACAACCCUGAUGUCUGGUGGAGGAUUGCUUCCUAUACCAACACCAAGUCAUUUAAAUCAGCUCAGUGUUUCCCUGAGCCCACUGGGAGCUAUACCUGCGGCAGCAUUGGACCCCAAUAUUACAGCCAUUGGAGACAUACCCCAGCCACCAAUUAUGGGCAAUGUGGAUCCUUCCAAGAUUGAUGAAAUUAGGAGAACUGUGUAUGUUGGAAACUUGAACUCGCAGACGACUACAGCUGAUCAACUGCUUGAGUUUUUUAAGCAAGUUGGAGAAGUCAAGUUUGUACGGAUGGCAGGAGACGAGACUCAGCCAACACGCUUUGCUUUUGUGGAAUUUGCUGACCAAAAUUCUGUACCUCGAGCCCUUGCCUUUAACGGAGUGGUGUUUGGAGACAGGCCGCUGAAAAUUAAUCACUCCAAUAAUGCAAUAGUGAAGCCUCCUGAAAUGACACCACAAGCUGCUGCUAAGGAGCUGGAAGAAGUGAUGAAGAGAGUACGGGAAGCUCAGUCUUUUAUAUCUGCAGCAAUUGAACCAGAGUCUGGAAAGAGCAGUGAAAGAAAAGGUGGUCGAUCGCGCUCCCAUUCACGUUCAGAAUCCAGGUCUAGUUCAAAAUCUCGAAGGAAAAGAUCGUGCUCAAAUCGCAGGACUAGAUCACGCGACAGAUCACGCUCUAGUCAGAAGGAGAGGCUUCGCUCCAGAACUCCGACCAAAAAGCGUUCAAAAUCUAAAGAACGACGAAGGUCCAGAAGCCGUUCCCAUUCUCGAGAGAAGAAGAAAGAAAGCAAAGAGAGAAUCAGAGAAAAAGAAAAGGUCAGAGAGAAAGACCGAGAUAAGGAAAAAGAGAAGGAUCGGGAAAGAGACAAAGACAAAGAAAGGAGCAGAGACAAGGAUAGGGGCAGGGAUCGAGACCGAGACAAGGAAAAGACCAAGGACAGAGACAAGGACCGUGUCAAGGAGACCAAGGACAGAGACAAGGACCGUGUCAAGGAGAGAGACAAGGAUAAAGAGAAGGAAAAGGACAGAGAUAGAGAGAAGGAACGGGAAAAAGACAAGGAGAAAGUUCUCUCCACAGAAAAAGACAAGCCAGAGGACCUGGAAAAAGAAGGUGGAAAAGAUAAGGACAGGGAGAUGGACAAAGAAGGAGACAAGGCGAAAGAUGGAAGUGAACAAGUAAAAGAAAAAGAGGAGGAAAAAGGAAAGUAUCGGGAGAAAGACAAAGCUGGGGAAAAAAUCAGUGAGAAAGACAGGGACGGAGAGAAGGAGAAAGAGAAGACAAAAGAAAAGGAGAGGGAAAGAGAGAGAGAAGAAAGAAGAAAGAAGGAGAAGAGAUCAAAGACCCCUCCCAGAAGCUACAGCUCAUCAAGAAGGUCGCGUAGUUCUAGCAGGGACAGACGAAAGAGGAAGAGCCUAAGUCCCUCAAAGUCUCCAAGACCAUCCAAAACCACAAAAAGGAAAUCUUCACGGUCACCAUCUCCAAGGAGAAACAAGAAAGACAAAAAGAGAGAGCGAGACUCAAGUAACGACAGGAGAGAGAGGGAGCGCUCUACAUCCAAGAAAAAGAGCAGCAAAGACAAAGAUGUUAAAGAAAAGUCUGAGAAAACCACAACGUUGAAGGAUAAAGAUCUGAGUAAAGAGAAUCAGAAUUCUGAAACUGACAAAGCCGAGGAGGAGGAUACAGGAGUGGCUGAAGAAGUCAAGCUGCAGCAGAAUGGGAACUGUCAACCAAAUGAAGAAAACCUCUCAGUUAAAACAGAGGAAGUAUAAAGUAUUGACUGGACCUCUGACCCAUCUGUGGGAGGAAAUACAAAGAUUUUCCUGUCUCCCUCUCUCCUCCCUCCUCAUGUCCCAA